AUGCCUGCUUCCUUGGACUCUUCCCGGCCCAUCAUGGCCCCUUCGCCCAGCAUUCUUUUAUCCUCGUCCAUCGUCUCGUCUCUUCCCAAAAACUACUUCAACCUCAUACCUCUCCCAACCAUGGCUAAGCCGUGGGUCUCGUCGCACGCUCACACCCAGCCCAACCACAACCGUCAAGCCACCAAGGAAAAGGACCAACCCGCUGACUCUACCUCCAAGAACCGCAACUCGGUCCGCUUCAGCACCUACAGCAUGGCUCCCUCGCUGUCUCCCACCGUCGGCACAACCGACUCUGCUCACGCCGAGAUCCGCGACAUCGCUACCGGCCUCGACCGCAUGGAGAACAAGGCUCUCUCCUCCCAGCGCGUCACCCUCACCGACGAGAAGACGGACACCAUGAGCAAGCUCGCCCUCGGUGCUAAGCUCGAGCGCGCUCUCGACCGAAGAAUGAGCGGCCAGGACGCUGUCAUGCGACCUCGUGGCCAGAGCCUCAACGAGAAGCUCAACGAAAAGGAGUAG